AUGUCCAGGAUGAAAAGUGUCAGGGUCGCAGUAGUGGGGGCAGGUGUGAUCGGCUUCUCCACUGCUGUCUGCAUCGCUGAGGCUCUUCCUUUGUGCUCCGUUUCCCUGCUGGCUGAGAAGUUCAGUCCAGACACCACCAGUGAUGGAGCUGCUGGGAUCCUGUUUCCGGCAAAGUUUCCAGAUAUUCCCUUGGAAAGACAAAAACGCUGGUUCAAGGACAGUUUUGAUCACCUGUUGGCCAUUGGUCAAUCCCAACACUCACCGGAGGCUGGAGUAAUGCUGAGCUCUGGCUGUCAAAUUUUCAAGGAGGUUCCAGCUGAUAAGAAGCCCUUCUGGUCAGAGUCUGUGAUUGGCUUUCGAUUCAUGACUGACGGUGAAUUGAAAAGGUUUCCGGAUCACAAGUUUGGCCAGGCGUUCACCACCAUAAAAUGUGAAUGUUCCACCUACCUGCUGUGGCUUGAGAAGAGGUUCAGAAAAGCUGGAGGCCAAGUGGAACAGAGGAGGGUCAACAGUCUUCAGGAAUUGAGCAACAGCUAUGAUAUCAUUGUCAACUGCUCUGGUCUGGGCUCCAAAACGCUGGUGGGUGACAACAAGAUGUACCCGGUCAGAGGCCAGGUCCUCAAGAUGGAGGCCCCCUGGCUGCAGCACUUCAUCAGAGAUGGAGAUGGAAUGACUUACAUCUACCCCGGCAUACACAAUGUCACUGUAGGCGGCACGAGGCAGGAGGAGGACUGGCGACUACAAGUGGACGAAGGAGACACAAAGAGCAUCCUGGUGCGCUGCAGCAGGCUGGAGCCGUCGCUCAGCAAAGCCAGAGUUCUCAGCGAGUGGGUCGGUCUGAGGCCCAGCAGGAGGAACCCGAGGGUGGAGAGGGAGCUGGUGCAGCUGCAGGGUCGCAGGGUGCCUGUGGUCCACAACUAUGGCCACGGAGGCUGCGGAGUCACCCUUGCCUGGGGUACUGCCCUGGACGCACUGGGGCUGGUCAGGCAGUGCCUUCAUGAAAUGCCACUACAGGCUAAACUGUGAACUAAGUCUGCCACUAAAUCCGGCUUUUACUCUGUGCCGAUAACACUUGCCUAAAUAAUAAAACACACCGAUAGACAAAUGAAACUUAACAAGAAUUUGCAGUAGGUUUUACAUUUCACACAGUGUAUAUAAGUAAAUGAUUUAUGUAAAAUAAAUUGAUUUUAUGGUAAUUUAAUUAACUGCUAACAGUUGUUUGGAUGCAUGGGACUGAAUGUCUGCAUAAUGAAUACUGCUGUUUUAAUUUCUACUACUUUGUGCCAAUAACGGUUGCCUUUGAGUACAGAGAUCUACUGUCAGAGAGAUGAACUUAAUUCAGCAAUACAACAUUUAUUAAUGUGAGGGUAAAACAGUGAUUAACAGCCUUGUUAGCAUUUUUAAAAUGUAUAGAUAAAAUAAACAUUU